CGGCGGCGGAAGCCGGGAGGCGGGCCGGGCCGGGCCGGGCCGGGCCGAGGCGGGGCCGCGAGCGGCAUGGAGGAGGCGGAGGCCCGCAGCUCGCCGGGCCGAGCAAUGCGGGCCGGAGGAGGGCCGGAGCUGUGCCCGGGCUCCCUGAACCGUUCCUGAAGGUAUGGGUUGGUCAGGACAGUGGUGACCCCCCAAGUCCGGCAUGGACGAUUGGAAGCCCAACCCCCUCAUCAAGCCCUUUGGGGCUCGGAAGAAGCGGAGCUGGUAUCUUACCUGGAAGUAUAAACUGACUAACCAGCGAGCCCUGCGGAGGUUCUGUCAGACAGGGGCUGUGCUUUUCCUACUGGUGACUGUCAUUGUCAACAUCAAAUUGAUCCUGGACACACGGCGAGCAAUCAGCGAAGCCAAUGAAGACCUGGAGCCGGAGCAAGACUAUGAUGAGGCCCUGGGCCGAUUGGAGCAUCCACGGCGCAGAGGCAGCAGUCCCCGACGGGUCCUGGAUGUGGAGGUAUACUCAAGCCGCAGCAAAGUAUAUGUGGCUGUGGAUGGUACUACGGUACUGGAGGACGAGGCCCGGGAGCAGGGCCGGGGCAUCCACGUCAUCGUCCUCAACCAGGCCACGGGCCAUGUGAUGGCAAAACGCGUGUUCGAUACAUACUCACCUCAUGAGGAUGAGGCCAUGGUGUUGUUUCUCAAUAUGGUGGCACCUGGUCGAGUGCUCAUCUGUACCGUCAAGGACGAGGGUUCUUUCCACCUCAAGGACACGGCCAAGACUCUGCUGAGGAGCCUGGGAAGCCAGGCUGGCCCUGCUCUGGGCUGGAGGGACACCUGGGCCUUCGUGGGACGAAAAGGAGGUCCUGUCCUUGGGGAGAAACAUUCUAAGUCACCUGCCCUCUCAUCCUGGGGAGACCCAGUCCUGCUGAAGACAGAUGUGCCACUGAGCUCAGCUGAAGAGGCAGAAUGCCACUGGGCAGACACGGAGCUAAAUCGUCGCCGCCGGCGCUUCUGCAGCAAAGUUGAGGGCUAUGGGAGUGUGUGCAGCUGCAAGGACCCCACGCCCAUCGAGUUCAGCCCUGACCCACUCCCAGACAACAAGGUCCUCAGUGUGCCUGUGGCUGUCAUUGCAGGGAAUCGGCCUAAUUACCUGUACAGGAUGCUGCGCUCUCUGCUGUCAGCCCAGGGGGUGUCUCCCCAGAUGAUAACAGUUUUCAUUGACGGCUACUAUGAGGAGCCGAUGGAUGUGGUGGCACUGUUUGGUUUGAGGGGCAUCCAGCACACUCCCAUCAGCAUCAAGAAUGCUCGCGUGUCUCAGCACUACAAGGCCAGCCUCACUGCCACUUUCAACCUGUUUCCGGAAGCCAAGUUUGCUGUGGUUCUGGAAGAGGACCUGGACAUUGCUGUGGACUUUUUCGGUUUCCUGAGCCAGUCCAUCCACCUGCUGGAGGAGGAUGACAGUGUGUACUGUAUCUCUGCCUGGAAUGACCAGGGGUAUGAACACACGGCUGAGGACCCAGCACUGCUAUACCGUGUGGAGACCAUGCCUGGCCUGGGCUGGGUGCUGAGGAAGUCCUUGUACAAGGAGGAGCUUGAGCCCAAGUGGCCCACACCAGAAAAGCUCUGGGACUGGGACAUGUGGAUGCGGAUGCCGGAACAACGCCGAGGCCGAGAGUGCAUCAUCCCUGAUGUUUCCCGAUCCUACCACUUCGGCAUUGUCGGCCUCAACAUGAAUGGUUACUUCCAUGAGGCCUACUUCAAGAAGCACAAGUUCAACACGGUUCCAGGUGUCCAGCUCAGGAACGUGGACAGUCUGAAGAAGGAAGCUUAUGAAGUGGAAAUUCACAGGCUGCUCAGUGGGCCCUGUCUUGGGCUUUCUCCCCCCACCCCCUGCAGUGAAGCUGAGGUUCUGGACCACAGCAAGAACCCCUGUGAAGACUCUUUCCUGCCAGACACAGAGGGUCACACCUAUGUGGCCUUCAUCCGAAUGGAGAAGGAUGAUGACUUUACCGCCUGGACCCAGCUUGCCAAGUGCCUCCAUAUCUGGGACCUGGAUGUGCGUGGCAACCACCGGGGCCUCUGGAGAUUGUUUCGGAAGAAGAACCACUUCCUGGUUGUGGGGGUACCAGCCUCCCCCUACUCCGUGAAGAAGCCACCAUCAAUCACCCCAAUUUUUCUGGAGCCACCCCUAAAGGAGGAAGGAGCCCCAGGAGUUGCAGAACAGACAUGAGACCUCCUCCAGGACCCUGCAGGGCUGGGUACUGUGUACCCCCAGGCAGGCUAGCCCUUCACCCCAUCCUGUAGGAUUUUGUAGACACUGGCAGGGGCUGCGGCUGGUUUGUUUUUAACAUGAGACUUAAUUACUAACUCCAUGGGGAGGGUUCCCCUGCUCCAGUGCCCCUGUUCCUGAGUUGGAGGUCUAUUUAUUUACUUCCUUGUUGGGGAAGGACAGGAUAGUCCCAGAAAAGGACCUGGGAAUCACUGGGACCCUGCCCUUUGUGUAUUCUUCCCUGGCCUGGCUCAGAAUCUAACCUAUUUAUUGACUGUCCUUAGGGCCUUGGAAACAGGCUGAAGCCUGGAGGGCCUUGGUUCCUUUCUGAACUGGGGUGCUGCCCUGAGGGUGGGGCUGGUUCUUACUCAGGAAACUUCUGUGCCCAGGCCAUGGGCAGGCCUGCCUGCUGAUGCAGACUCACUCAGAAACCUUCAGACACUGAACCAGGCCUCUUCACAGCCUUCUCUUUGUCCAGGUGGAUAAAGUGGUCAUUGAUUAAAAAAGGAGAAAACCUC